AUGGCAUCAAAUACCUCCUACUCCUACACCCCCGACCAACUCACCCUCUACCUCGAGCGGAUCCACUACGGCUCCAAUGAAUCCGCCACCAGCAGAUUACAACAAGCACAACAAGCCGUGAAAAGUGAUCCCCUGGGUACUCUAUACGAGAUCCAACGGCGGCAUUUAGCAUCCAUUCCCUGGGGAAAUUCAGCUCUGCAUUACUCUAACCACCGGACCAUUGAUAUCCGACCUGCGUGUGUUUAUGAGAAGUUAGUCACGCGCAGGCUGGAUGGCUACUGCAUGGAGAAUAAUACCCUGCUGUAUGGGGUGUUGAAGUCUCUAGGGUAUAUGGUUUAUGCGACGGGUGGGAGGGUGUGUUUGGCUGCGACGGGGCAGGCGAAGGAGGGGUUGGAGAAGUUGUAUUCGGGGAUGUCGCAUAUGGUGCUGAUUGUGCUGAUUGAGGGGGAAAAGUACGCGGUUGACGUCGGUUUCGGGGGUAAUGGGCCUACCCGUCCCCUGCCACUGAAAGAGAAUGUCGUUUCGGUCUGCAUGGCUCCGACGGAGAUGCGUCUCGUUCAUGAGCCCCUGCCUGAGUAUGCGGACCAGACGCAAAAGGUCUGGAUCUACCAGAUCAGGUAUACGCCUGAUAGCAGGUGGAUUCCCAUGUACUCGUUCCUGGGGACCGAGUUCCUGCCGCAGGACUUCGAGAUCAUGAAUUAUGCAACGAGUCAGCGGCCCACGAGCUGGUUCACGCAGUCGCUGGUUUGUACGAGGUUCAUCAUGGAUGAGGCGGAGAGUGAAGUGCAGGGGAUGUAUUUUCUCGUUGGGCGGGAGGUGAAAAAGAGACAGUUUGGAAAGACGGAGGUUGUAGAGACGCUGGAAAGGGACGCAGAUCGCGUCAAAGCCCUGGAGAACUGGUUUGAUAUGCACCUCCGCGACUAUGAAGUCGAGGCUAUCCGCGGUUUUGUAUCUGAGAUCAAAUAG